GGGGGCGGAGCGGACCGAGACUGGCCGGACACUCUAGCGAGCUUGCUGUCUGCUGGAUCCCGGUAACUCUGUGGAGUUGCCGCCGACGCCGCACCUCGGCAGCCAGCGUAACUUCGCCGUCGGGGAUCCCCAGUGCAGCGUCCGCUCUCAGCAUGAUGGACUUGGAGUUGCCGCCGCCAGGACUACAGUCCCAGCAGAAUGACGAUGACAUACUGCCCGCUUGGUGGAUUGCUGUGCUGUGCAUCCCGACGAGGCGGUACAAGUUUUGAGCACGCAGAAAGACAUGGAUUUGAUUGACAUCCUUUGGAAGCAAGACAUAGAUCUUGGGGUAAGCCGAGAAGUGUUUGACUUCAGUCAGCGACAGAAGGACUAUGAGCUGGAAAAACAGAAAAAACUCGAAAAGGAGAGACAGGAGCAACUCCAGAAGGAACAGGAGAAGGCCUUUUUCGCUCAGCUACAGCUGGAUGAAGAGACAGGAGAAUUCCUUCCAAUUCAGUCAGCCCAGCACAUCUCACCAGACGGCAGUGGACCCGCCAGCUAUUCCCAGGUGGCCCACAUUCCCAAACAAGAUGCCCUGUACUUUGAAGACUGCAUGCAGCUUUUGGCAGAGACAUUCCCAUUUGUAGAUGACCAUGAGGUUUCUUCACCUACAUUUCAGUCACUCGCCCUGGAGAUCCCCAGCCACGUGGAAAGCCCAGUCUUCAGCAGUCUGGAUCAGGCUCAGUCACUCAGCAGCUCCCUGGAGCCAGCUAUGAAUCUAGACAGCAUGCAGCAGGACAUGGAGCAAGUUUGGCAGGAGCUUCUUUCCAUUCCCGAGUUGCAGUGUCUUAAUACUGAAAACAAGCUGUUGGUUGAGACCUCCACUGUUCCCAGCGCAGAAGACAACCUGACAGAAAUUGACAGCAAUUACCGUUUCUACCCCUCCACCUCCCCGCUGCAGAAAGAAGUGGGCAGCUGCAGUCCCCAUUUCCUUCACGGUUUUGAAGAUUCUUUCAGCAGUAUUCUCUCCACAGAAGAUGCCAGCCAGCUCAACUCCUUAGAUUCAAAUCCCACAUUAAACACAGAUUUUGGUGAUGAGUUUUAUUCUGCUUUUGUAGCAGAGCCCGGUGGCGGUAGCAGCAUGCCUUCCUCUGCCGCCAUCAGUCAGUCACUCUCUGAACUUCUAAGCCGGCCUGUUGAUGGCUGUGACCUGUCACUCUGUAAAGCUUUCAACCAGAAGCAUUCUGAGAGCACAGCCGAAUUCAAUGACUCGGACUCUGGCAUCUCCCUGAACACUAGCCCCAGCCGAGCAUCCCCAGAGCACUCUGUGGAGUCUUCCAUUUACGGAGACCCACCGCCUGGGCUCAGUGACUCUGAGAUGGAAGAGCUAGACAGCGCCCCUGGAAGUGUCAAACAGAAUGCUCCCAAAGCACAGCCAACACAUUCUUCUGGGGAUCCGGUGCAGCCUCUGUCACCAGCUCAAGGGCACAGUGUUCCUGUGCAUGAUCCGCACUGUGAGAGUACAACAGCAAAAGAAAGGCCUGUGAGUCCUGGGCAUCAGAAAGUCCCGUUCACAAAAGACAAACAUUCAAGCCGCUUGGAGGCUCAUCUCACGAGAGAUGAGCUUAGGGCAAAAGCUCUCCAUAUCCCAUUCCCUGUUGAAAAAAUCAUUAACCUCCCUGUUGAUGACUUCAAUGAAAUGAUGUCCAAGGAGCAAUUCAAUGAAGCUCAGCUUGCACUGAUCCGAGAUAUACGCAGGCGAGGUAAGAAUAAAGUCGCCGCUCAGAACUGUAGGAAAAGGAAACUGGAGAACAUUGUAGAACUGGAGCAAGACCUAGGCCACCUAAAAGAUGAGCGAGAAAAGCUACUCAGAGAAAAGGGAGAAAACGACAGAAACCUCCAUCUCCUGAAGAGGCAGCUCAGCACCUUGUAUCUUGAAGUCUUCAGCAUGUUACGUGAUGAGGCUGGAAACCCUUACUCUCCUAGUGAAUACUCCCUGCAGCAGACCAGAGACGGCAAUGUGUUCCUGGUUCCCAAAAGCAAGAAGCCAGAUACUAAAAAAAACUAGGUUCGGGAAGAUGGAGCCUUUUGUUCUGAGCUAGUGUUUGUUUUGUACUGCUAGAACUUCCUACUGUGAUGUGAAAUGCAGAAACACUUUAUAAGUAACUAUGCAGAAUUCUAGCCACGGCUAGUGUAGAAAAUAGGAAACUUUAUAAAGCAUUAAAGCCUCGAUGUUGAAUCAGUUUCAUUUUAACUCUGGAGUUAAUUUCUUCGGGCACCAUUUGGGCUAGUUUCUGUGUAAGUGUAAAUACUACAAAACUUAUUUAUACUGUUCCUAUUUGUUACAUUCAUAGAUUUAUAUGACAUCUGGCUAAAAGCAAAUUAUUGAAAAACUAACCAAACCACUAUACUUUUUUAUAUACUGUAUGAACAAAAAGAAUGACAUUUUUAUAUUUAGCUCUGACAAAAAUUAAAGGAGCUAGCACUAAUAAAAGAAUAUCAUGACUUAAAUUACUCUGGAUUGCUUGAGUUUAUCCACAACAGUAUUUUCCGUAGAAGAAUAAUUCACUUGCCACAUUUUGGUUAUUUUACAUGGUUUUUGAAAAUUCGGAAGCAUUUUAUAAC